AUGCUCGUCACCGGCAUCAUCCUGAUCCCGACCGCCAUUGCCACACCCGCCGCGGUGCAGGACCUUACCGAUAUGCGCAGUGUCGUCGAUGCAGCAGCAAGUGCUAUCGGAAAUCCGAAUAACCCCAAUCGAGGCUUUGGCUUUAACCUCUUCGGUGGCAGCGGUCAGAUGGGUACUGCCGACCUCGUCAACAACAUCACCAACACUAUCCUCCGAGCAAAGUACCAACUAGACACGAACAGGACAUCAUGGCUCCUGCCCAGCAACUCCACCCUCAACGGCACCUUACCCACCUCCAGUGUGCCCACACUCGCAACCCCCACGCUCCCCCUAACAGCGAGCCUCGCCCUGCCAACCAGCAUCCCCACCACAACACCUACCCUCGAUAACCUCACCAUCGACCUCACAUCCCCCUACAUGGCCUACGUCCAAUCCAUGCCCGACCUAGCCAACAGUUUGACAACCCUCGGCCGCGCCUACCACCGCGAGAUGAACAGUCCUGUAAACGAAGCCAUCGCCGGUCUCGAACAAAGUCUCACAACCUUCCAGACCGCACUGCUCGAAAGCGAGCUCAUCAGCGCCCAGGCUGUCAUACGCACCAUACGGGCGAGCAGUAGCUUGGAGAGUGCGGCGACGGCGUGGAGUCGCUUUCUCAACUUACCGGGUGGGGGUAGUGACGAUGAUGACGCAGGCUCUGCAGCUUCGUCAUCCCCUUCAUUACAAGGAGUGGGAAGGUCGAGUGUCUUGGGCAGAGCCGAGGCAAAGAGGCCUCCGCCUGGGAAUGGCAGGUUCUAUAGCCACUUUGAGUUGUGGAAUCGGUCGGAGCCUAGAGCGAGAGUGUCGACGGAGGGCAAGUUCUCGCCGCACGAUCUCGUUGUGCAGGCUGAGGAGAAGCGUGUGAGUACUACCGCUGCAGAGAAGGCGAGAGUGGGAAGGCCUUUUGUUGUUUGA